UAUAUAGAAACAGGAACAAAUUGCAAAAUUUUACACAACGUAGAAAAUGAUACAAAAAACAUAAAAAAAUAUAGUAAAUUAAAUAAGAAUAAAUUUUGUAAUAUGGAAAUACAAAAUCAUUUUAAGCAAGAAUUAAAAGAUGAACAAGCAAUUCAGAAAGAUAUAUAUAAAAUGGAUAUUGUAUAUAGUGAAGAAAAAAUUAAAGAUACAAUAAUAAAUAUACAGACAUUAAAAGAAGAUAAUUUUUUAAUGGAUAACUUUAGAGCACACAAAAAGCUUAAAACAAGCUUGCAGAAUUUUUUAAAACGUGUAGAACAGGAAACUUCGAUCGUGGCAGUGGCAAAUUCUUUGGCAAUAUCAUCUAUAGAAAAUUUUACCAAAUAUGAUCCAUAUUAUUCCAACCAUUCAUAUCAACAAGAAUUAUUGCAACAUGAACCAUUAAUUAUAAAUCCACAAUUUGCAGUACAUACUAUGGCACAGUCUGAAUUAUCAAAUAUAUAUAAUACUUCAUGUGCAUGGAUGAGAUUUAACAAUUGGAAGCAUCUUACUAUGAAACAGUUAAGACAUCCACAACAAUUUCCAUUUCAAAUUUCAAGAAACAAAAAAUGCUAUAUUUUAUCAUUUUUUCAUUGCUAUGCUAAAAGGAAUUCUAUACUACAUUAUGUAAAAACAAUGGAUAUUCAAUGUUUUGCACAAGAUAAAAACAAACAAAUGAAGCAAAAUAUACAACGUAAAAAGUUAGAAGACAUAGUUGGAAAAUUAAAAGAAAUAGAAAGCAGCAACAUGAACAAUUAAAAAAAUUAUUACUGGUCCCUAUGAAGUUUUUAAUUUUUAAAAAUACAUUAAUCUCUAUAAAUAAAGUAUUAUACUUUGU